GCAGGCGGCUGCUGGAUUACAGCCACAGCUCUAUCACAUCGGGAGAAGGCGUGUCAGUCCCCGAAUUACCCAGCGCCCCUUUGUCCUCAGUCGGCGGCGCCCUGACAGCGACACUCAUGGCGGCUGCACCCGUCAGGCAGCGCUCCGGUUCCGGGGGGGCCCGGGCGCAGCUCCCGCCCUGCUACUACGAAGGCUACCUGGAGAAGCGCGGCCCGAAGGAGAAGGCAUCCAGGAGGCUGUGGACCUGCCUGUGUGGGAACUCCUUAUAUUUCUUCAAUAAUGCCAAGGACAGCCACUAUGUGGAAAAGAUGGACCUUGGUGGGUUUGUGUCCCUGAAAGAUGACAGCAGCCGGGACAGAAACCUGGAGGCUGCCAGGCUCAUCCUCCGCAUGAAGGAUGGAGAAACCCGACUCACAGCACCAAACUUGGAAUCCCGGGAGCUUUGGAAAGGUUUCCUCUACUCUGUCAUAGAUCUGAAUGUUCCUACCAGUCUCACGUUGUUGCCGGGGCAACUACAAAUGUUAAAGGAGGUGGUGGACAAAGAAAGGUCCAGGCGGAGAACCCGCAACCCUGCACGAGCCCCUCCUUCACCCCUCUCAGUCCCUUUAGUGGGGGAGAUCCCUGCGUGUUUCCGCCCCGUGUCCCGCACAGAGGCUGAGGUCCUGUUGGAGAGACACCCGGACUGUGGCAACAUGCUGCUCCGUCCAGGCAGAGAUGGAUGCUCGCUGGCUGUUACGACCAGACAAGAUCUAAACGGGUCGGUGUUCAGGCAUUACAGAGUCACUCAGAGAGACCAGGGUGGCUAUAUCAUCGAUGUAGAAAACCCUAUUCCCUGUGCUACACUACACGACGUCAUUGACGCUUUGGUGGAGAAGACAGCUGGAACUCUGCAGCCGUUCCUCCUAGAGGAGCCCUAUGAGGAAAACAUUACAUACGUAUCUGCCAACGAUGAAAAUGGAGAAAAGAUUCUUCACACUGCCCCCACCAGCCCACUGCCCAAAGCUCCAGCCCUGCCUCCAAAACAAGAUCGGUGGUGCACUAGUCCGCUGUCCAGGUCUCCAGCAGCUGACCGUCGAAUCCUCACCUCCUCAGUGCCGGCCUCGCCCACCAACCCGAUGAGACGGCUCAUCCACUCCCCUUCACCUCUUACACAAACACUCAACGAGGAGCUCAAAAUGACGCUGGAGAAGAGACGAGUCAGUCAGGACUAGAUUCAUCCAGCGCCGCACGCAGACCUGCCACAGUUUCAUCGUGUUCUCAUUCUGUGCCUUGUUGAUGGAAAAUAAGUGACAAAACAAACGCCGCACCUGGAUCCUUCUUUUUGUUUCAUCUUGGAUGUGAAGUGAAAGAAGUGGCUGAUCAGUUUACAAUCGGGUCCUGCAGUUUCACAAAACAGAUGCCUGGCUGGAUCAAGCAAAAAAAAAAAAAAAAGAAAAUGUUUACAAACUGUCUCUCAAUUUUAAUGCACAAACAUAAAUCUGUUCAAAUUUUACUCCGGAAGCUCUGUUACACACCGGACCACCAGCCGAGCCUGAUGUUUUCCUGUCUGAGCCGCCGUCUGUGUGCUAAUGUGAAUCUGAAACACUGGAGAGCGUGUGAACAAACAAACCACAGAACGGCAGGAUCAACACCUGA